UUUCGGUCAGCGCGUGAUGUCGAAAUGGUAUUUGCUUUAUUCACGCAUUUUUUCUCGAGCUGAGAAAGCCAUUCCGUCUGUAUGAGCGCUCGGCGUGUUUGCUGUCAGCUUGAUUCUCUUUCAGUGCUGUAGAUGCAGUGGUCAUGGUGCUCAACCUGUGCUUGUCACACUUUCAGACCUCCAUUCAAUGCAACAAGCUGUGUGCCGACGGUUACGAUGUCUCCAACCUUCUCUCCGUGGAUCCGAUCUUACGCCGGAGGGGUUUCAAGCUGGAAUACUUCCUCCGGCCUCCAGUCCACGUCACACUGAGCUUCCAGGUCAAGAUGGAGCUGUGUCGGCUGGACGUCGAGCUUUGGCCGUGGGGAAUGGAUCAGGGCCGAACCUCGCGAAGGCUGGAGAUCCUAACGUGUUCAGAACGAGACGGCGAUCGGUUCGAACUUGCGUCUCGCUGUGAUUUGCAGGAGGAGCUGCAGGUGUGUUUCCUCAACCCUGCUUUUAAACCUCGAGCGCCGUUUUCCGAUGCUCCGCCGCAGACGCCGGCUGGAGCGAAAACGCAGGAGCUUUGGAGGCGCGGAUCGGUCGCGCAGCUCAGAGUCAGUAUUCCCUACAGCGGCGCCGCGUCAGCGCUCGGCAUCAAGACCCUCGCCGUGUGGGCUUUGCCUUCUCGCUGCUGUCCUGCAUCAGAACUGGACAAAAUUUGGGAUGCGCAUCUAAACAGCCUGAAAAAAACAGUCCAUCUGACCGUCGUACCUCCCAAACCAGAUCCCGUCCCAAUCGAUAUCCCAAUCCCAGAGGAGUUUCUCGAUCCCUUAACACAAGAACUCAUGGUUUUCCCAAUGAUCUUGCCAAGUGGAAUGGUGAUUGAUAACAACACGUUAGAGGAGUACCAGAAGAGAGAAGCCACUUGGGGUCGUUUACCCAAUGACCCAUUUACCGGCGUCCCUUUUACCCAGAACUCAAAGCCAAUUCCAAACCCUCUGCUCAAAUGCCGCAUUGACCGUCUGGCUCUGCAGACGGGAUGCACAGGAGUCAGGAGCAGGAAUAACCUAAUAGCUGAACCACAGCCAUCCAGACUCACAGUGGAGGCCAAAAGCGUCACAGACUCCAGUAGAAACUGUGAUCAUACAGACACUUCACAAGCACAGUCCUUCACAUCGGUUUCAGAGUCUAAAACAGGACCUGAUGCCUGCAAAACAGGACGGACACAGAGCCAUUCUGCUAAAAGGAAGCACGAUUGCAGUUUUCCUUCCACCAGCGAUGAUCCUGAUCGCUCUCCUUUGAGGAAAGCGCAUGAAACUCCCUCAGAGUUGGACUCGCAUGAGCAGCGGUUAGCGAACAGUUUAGAUGAGGCUCUGAACGCUGCUCUUCACGGGUUACCAGUGUUCACCUCCCCGAGCGAAACCGCUUCACAUGUGGACGCCUCCGCUGGUGGGCACGCGUGUGUGUUUUGCACUUGUUCUCUGACGGUUUACUCGUCGAGCGUGGCGUCGUACUCUCUGCCCUGCGCUCAUCUCAUGUGCGGAGCGUGUUUGAGGCAGAAACACGCGUCUGGGUCUCGGAGACUGCAGAUUAAGUGCCCUGUGUGCGGCACGACUGCCUCCAGCAGAGACGUCACUCGAGUGCAUCACUGAACAUAUUCAUCAUGAGCUCAUUUGUUUGCAGAUUUUGUGUAUCGUUUUCAUUAAAGUUUUUGAAAAAGCUCGAAAAGGACUGUUAUCGGUUAAUGUUUUCUAGUAA